AUGUGUGAAAGAGGAGGAAAAUACAAACUGCCACGGUAUUUUGUUGAUGGGCAAUCCUUUAAAAGGAAUACAGGGACAAAAAAAUGUGAAUGCUCAUUCGAGCUACGAGGUGUACCAAUACCUCCAGAAGGUGUGAUGUGGAAUUUAAGGGUUGUAUGUGGUUUCCAUAACCAUCAAUUAGCAGAAUCUAUGUAUGGUCAUGAGUACCCGUCUAGGUUAAAACCAAUGGAGCUACAGUUUGUGCUCGACAUGGCCAAUAGCACCGCACCUCGUGAAGUUCUUAAUAUAUUGAAACAAAGAGACCCGUCAAACACUACAGGGAUCAAAACCAUUUACAAUGCCAUUUUCACAAAUAAAUCCGCCAAACGGGCCGGCCUAAAUCAAGUCCAGUAUGUCUUGGAGUAG